AGCUUGGCUCCCACUUUCAGGCAGCCCGAAGCCGCCUUGUUGUCGCUUCGUCUUAUCUGAAUUAACAGUUGACUGUCGAAAGAAGUCGUGGUAGGACUUCUUCCCAAACAGACGGGUUUUAGGUACAACGAGAAAGGUCUUCUGAAAGAUCUUCUUGCCUCUCUGCUUGACUGAUUGAACUGAUAUGGGAUCAAACGACGAGGAGUGGAUCAGGGAGGCCUCUGAUUUUGAGAAGCUCUACGAGCUGAGUCACAAGAGGAGAAGUUUCUUGUUGGUUUAUCAGCUGAGUCUGAGUAGUACUCAGCCUCUGCAGGAAGGACACGUAAAAAAGGCCCUAAUACACCUACACAGAAAGUGCCCAGCUCUCCGUGUAUGCUACGGUGAACGGAAUGGGCAAACUUGGCUCCGAUACAUGAAGAAAGAGGAGCUAGAUUUUCAGCUUGUGAAAGACGCUAGACCUGAGGACAUGAGAGAUUUGCUGCAGACCAAUCAGUACAAUUCAGCAGAAGGACCUUUGUGGUGCGCCCGAUUGUUAUCAGAACUUCCUCACAUCUCUCACGUGUUCAUAGGAAUACACCACGGCAUCGCUGAUGGGUUUGUCAGUGUGAAUGUCUGUGGAGGUUUCAUCAGGAUCCUCAAUGACGUCAUAGAUAACAAAUCCGUUUGUGACAAGGAACAAAUCGGGCAUUUUGUUCCUGAUUCGGAAACUGAAAAACAAGUAUCUGCCAAGAUGUCUGCCAUUCAAAACAACCUAACUCUAAAGCAGGAUCUCAUUUCAAGAGUAGAGGACAAAGGCAUUGGAAUGCCUCUGCUUUUGAAAGUUGAACCUCCUCCUGAAGGAGAAGACAAGACAUGCAACAUAACGCACGUCCUGGAUAAAGCUACAACAAAACAGUUUAUUGACAAAUACAGGGCUGAAGGAGUUUCAUUUCAUUCAGGUUUUGCAGCCCUUGCCAAUGUCGCCUCUGUAUCUUUCUUGGCGGAGAACCAAUACAUCGAAGAUGUUUAUCGGAUGUGUAAUGGCCACCUCAUCAACUUGAGAUGAUACUGGCCAGCUAAACGUUCUGAUCCUCUGGGGUGCCAUAUCGUUUCUACGCUGAAUUUGUGGGUAGAGGUACCCAAAGAUUUCCCUGUGAAGUUUUGGGACUUUGCUCGUACUCUCCACCAAAAACUUCACAAUCACAUCAAGAAGGAAUAUAUUUUCCUGCGAGAAGCUUACAUGAAAUUAACCAAUGACAAAGGUCCCGAAUAUGAUGAUACAUACCACUCCUCCAACACAAUGCAAAUCGAUUGUACUUUUUCUAAUUUAAGAGACAUGGCCCAUUUCUUUGAAGACACUGGACUAAAUGUUAAGCCCAAUUUUAUAGGGUGGCAUGCCUCACCACAUCAUACAGACAUUCAAGAGUUAUCUUACAUGUUCCACACAUUUAGGGGUCGUCUCAUAGUGAGUUUACUGUACAACACUAAAUAUGUCAGCAAAUCCUUAACUCAAAAGUACUGUGACCAGAUAUUCAGCAUGAUGGAAAAUGUUAUGAAUGUCACGUUUUCUUAGAUCGUUCUAAAAGCAUCUAGAAAUGGAUGUGUAUUAAUGAAAUGUUUAACUUUUUCAAGAGUUUUGCUCUGUCUGAAGUUUUAGCAUGAGUGAUCACAAUCCAAACGUAAUCUUUCAGUUAUUGCUCGAACAUCAUCACUGACGCAUCUGGAGCCAAAAUUUUAAUAUCAUUCUGACAAUUACCUUAAUUUGCUUAUGCAUCAAGUGAGAAGCUGAGCAAAGAAAAGGGGAAAGUCGCCUUGGGAGAAUGAAAUCAAAUAGAUGAAUUCAAGGGUUUUUCGUGAUUCCCUUAUUAUUGGACCAUACGUGAAAUCUGUGUGCAAAUCACAUGCACAAACACACACACACACACAUAUA